GGGGCUCGAACUGCUGACGGUACGACGCCGGAUGAAGAAGCGCUGCUGGUCUCCGCCCCAGUGCUUCACAGACACGUCUCUGAGCAGGGAGGCGAGACAGGAGAGGCUUCAGGAAGCAGCACCGUGCCUGCUCGCUUCCCGCACUGAACCAUCCCAGUCCAAGGUCGACAGAUUCCCCCCUCUGCCCACUCCAUAACCGCACGCUUGCGUUCAGUUCUCUCGUCUGCCAGGGGCUUGACUCUCCGUGCUCCGCAGAGAAGCAGCUAGCGAUGUCCGAGAGGAGCCCGUACCCCAGACCCCGCUGCCUGGCCGCAGCUGCUCCAGCCGGAGGAGCCAAGCUCACCCACCCUGGUAAAGCCAUCCUGGCAGGUGGAAUUGCAGGAGGCAUUGAGAUCUGCAUCACCUUCCCCACAGAGUACGUGAAGACGCAGCUGCAGCUGGAUGAGAGGGCAAACCCGCCUCGCUACAAAGGCAUCGGUGACUGUGUGAAGCAGACGGUACAGGGGCAUGGGGUGAAGGGCCUGUACCGGGGGCUCAGCUCUCUGCUCUAUGGCUCGAUCCCCAAGGCAGCGGUCAGGUUCGGGACAUUCGAGUUUCUGAGUAACCAACUGCGGGACGAGCAGGGGAAGCUGAGCAGCCGGCAGAGCCUGGUGUGUGGUCUGGGCGCGGGGGUGUUCGAGGCCGUUUUGGUCGUGUGUCCGAUGGAGACAGUCAAGGUGAAGUUUAUCCAUGACCAGUGCUCUGCAAAGCCAAAGUACCGAGGCUUCUUUCAUGGAGUCCGAGAGAUAGUCCGUGAGCAAGGACUGAAAGGGACGUAUCAGGGGCUAACAGCGACGGUUCUGAAGCAGGGGUCCAAUCAGGCCAUCCGUUUCUUUGUCAUGACUUCCCUGAAGAACUGGUACAAAGGGGACAACCCGGCCAAAGAGUUAAACCCUCUCAUCACAGGCCUGUUCGGAGCUACAGCUGGGGCUGCCAGUGUCUUUGGUAACACACCCCUCGAUGUGAUAAAGACCAGGAUGCAGGGAUUGGAGUCACAUAAAUACAAAAGUACCUGGGACUGCGCCUUCAAGAUAAUGAAACACGAAGGUCCCCUGGCGUUUUACAAGGGAACAGUUCCACGCCUGGGUCGAGUCUGCUUGGACGUUGCCAUCGUUUUUAUCAUCUAUGAGGAGGUGGUGAAGGUGCUGAACAAGAUAUGGAAGACGGACUGAGCCUGCUGGGGAGGAGAGGUCCUGCCGCCAUGGCUACCGGACGUGUGGGUGGGGGGGGGUGUGAAGGGACAAGUCCCACUAACCCGUGGAACUGCGUAAGACAGAAAUAGCCAAUGAAGUCUAUAUAUUCCCUUAGUGUUGUCCAGUGAUAAAAUACUUAGUCUGAGGAAGUCAUGUUCAGUGAUUGAGAAAGUUAAUUUAUUAAUAUCAUUGGGUGUCCAUGGACUGGGUGAAGCAUUCCAUAUCAAUAGAUGGUACACCCUUUUUAACGUACUGUAUGUGUGCCAAAGUGACUACACUUCCUAAUGUUCUGUAUAUUUUUUGAGGCGUGGGACACGGAGAGGUCACAUCUUAUUGCUUCCCAUGUCACCACUAGUGCCUAGAGAUCUGGGUAAAGGAAUGGACUCUCUGGGGUUACAUGAAGGGUGGGGUUUCAGGGAAAUGGAUGAUGGGACCGAAUGCUGCAGGGAAAUGUUUCUCUGCAGGGGUUGGCAGCCUUCUUGACCUCUUGUGACCCUGAUCCAGGAAUGUGGCUCCCUGCCUUUGAAUGAACAGCCACUGCCUCAUGAAUCACCUCUACUGGGCUGGGAUCCCAGCUGGUUUGAGCUUUCCCAUCAAUCCCAGGAGGUGCUUGAGAAGACCAGAAAAUAUGCAAGCUGAAAAGGGAUUUUUAGCUGGAAUCUGUAGAGAGGGAGACUUUCAACGUCACCUUCUCGUCAGGGCCAGGAACAGUUGGACAAAAGAGAUUCUCCAAAUGCUGGAAAUCUUCAACAACAUGCACAAAAUGAUGGAGGAACUCAGCAUCUAUGGAGGGGAAGAAAUAGUCAAUGUUUAGGGCUGAGACUAGGACUGUAAAAGAAGGGCUUCUUUCUGAUAUUCUGGCAUCUUCCCUUCCUCUCUAGUCCAGGCCUCAGCCUGAAGCAUUGACUGUUUAUCCCCCUCCAUUGAUGCUGCCUGACUUGUUGAGUUCCUCCUGCACUUUGUGCGUGUUACUCAUGAGGAGUUAGGCGUGUGCCCAUAACCUGGUGCAAAGGAAAGGCCUCCUUUGUGAAUCUAAAUUUACCUUUCCAGUUCAAGGUGACUGAGGAAGGGGUUGGCUCGUUGUAACUUCCCUGGAGAUCAUUCUCAGAAAACCCUCCUUCAUAGUCUGUGAACGCAGAAGAAAGGGAAAUAUUCCAAAUUGCUGUGUUAGAAUCGCUGGGCAGAAGAAUCGCCAUUCUGUAGGGGUGAAUCUGUACAUUUAGAGGGUGCCUGUUAUCUUCUGGCGGGCUGAAGCAUGGCUGUGUUCUGCCGUGUAGUUAUAUUGAUCUGCCAAGGAACUGUGUCCAGGCAUACAGCCUAGCAGGGAGCAAAGUGCUGGAGGAACUCAGCGGGCCAGGCAGCAUCUAGGAGGGAAAAGGACCGGUGACAGUUCAGUUUCAUCAACUGUCCAUUCCCCCUCCCCUGCCAACAAUUGGUGCCUGGCCCCCUGAAUUCUUCCAGCAUUUGGAUUUAGCUCCAGAUGUCAGGAUCUGCAGCCUCUGUUAUUGCCAGGGUGACUGCAUCCAGCCUGCUUUCAGAGGUGCCUGGGAGAGAGAACGAUCCUAAAACUCUUUUGUCAUUGUGCAGCAGAAACAACACACCAAAAGUUUUUUUCUUUAAAUACCUAUUUAUAUUUACCAAAAUGUUUGUGUGUGUGUGUGUGCGGGCGUAUGUGGUCAAUGUUCCUUUAAAACUGUGAACACGGGUUGAAAGACCUCCUGUCCCCCCCUCCCCUGCCAAUAUCAUGUAAACUGUUCAAGUCAUCUUCUUUUAUUCCUGUGCGACCUCUCUUACUGUGGCCAAUGUUUACAACAUGAUGUAUUAAUAAAUUAACUAAUAUGCUUCAAAA